GCGUCGCCGGUGUGCAGGCCCGGUCGGGCCCUCGGAAGGGGAGUUGAAGGAGAACGGGCCCCGCCGCCAUGCCGGGGGUGGUGGACCUGCCGACCCUCCCGGAGCUGGACGUGAAGGAGGUGAAAGUAAGUUCUGCUGUGUUAAAAGCCGCAGCUCAUCACUAUGGCUCUCAGUGUGACAAACCUAAUAAGGAGUUUAUGCUUUGCCGCUGGGAGGAGAAAGAUCCAAGGCGAUGUCUACAAGAAGGAAAACUCGUCAAUGAAUGUGCUUUGGAUUUUUUCAGGAAGAUAAAGCUGCACUGUGCCGAGCCCUUUGCUGAGUACUGGUCUUGUAUUGAUUAUACCAACUUGCAAGAGCUUCGUCGAUGUCGCAAACAGCAGGCCGCUUUUGACAACUGUGUGCUGGACAAACUGGGAUGGGUGAGACCAGACCUUGGAGAGCUGUCAAAGGUCACCAAAGUGAAGACAGAUCGACCUUUGCCCGAGAACCCCUAUCACUCUAGGCCGAGGCCUGAGCCGGAUCCAAUUGUAGAUGGAAACAUGCAGCCAGCUAGGUAUGGCAGCCGCUUCUUUUUCUGGAGCUGGUAAAGAAAGGGCCAGUUUGAAAAUUUCACUCUGUUGCAAGCUCAAGCAAUCAGUAAUGAGAAAUCUUGCAUAGACCUGCCUGUUUAUGUCCUCCGGGAUAAUAAUAAUAAUAAAAAUUUAAAAAAACUACUAAA